CACAAAGCAAUAAGACAGUCAGGUUUCUCUUGAAUGGUUUCAGAAUCAUUUGAGAGCUGCUUUAGGACAGAAACAGUCCAAUGCAGUGGACAUCAGCUACACAGACCACUGGAAGUGUGUUUUUUUGACAUUUAGGAACAAACUAAGAUAAAAUAAUGUACACAAAAAUUCUGAGAAAUAGGAUGGGAACGAGUGGAGAUCAGGAGAAAGGGAAUUUACAGUUCAGUAACAUUUACAGCCACAACAGCUUCAAUGAUUCAGAGCAGGGAAGGAGUUAGAGAAGGACGUGUACACCCUGAUAGCUGUAAAUGAGUGAAUUAUGUGAAAUUAGAGGCCUGCUGAUAAGAGAUCCAUUGUGUAAUACUUGGUAAAAAAAUACUCGGUGAGUGACUGUUGGACUUUGUUCUCAGCUCUUUCCAGUGUAUGAGUUUAUCAGAGACACGAGCAUUUUCAGCAGUCUCCUCUGACUUCAGCUGUCCUGCUGUGGGAAAUAAUAAACACCAUUUAAUAGGAUAACUCUCAUUUACUUUAUUUUUAGUAAAGGUUGAGAAUCUGUGAAGUUUUUUUGUUUUUUUUUUGCUGUUCUUUUGAAAAGGCAACCAUGAUCAGCCGCAACUUUAAGAACGUGUUGGUGGUCUCCAUCGGGUUUCUGUCUCUGUUCACAGCAUAUGGAGGCCUGCAGAGUUUACAGAGCAGUCUGAAUUCAGAGCAGGGGAUGGGCGUGGCGUCUCUGAGCGUCAUCUACGCCUCCAUCAUCGUGUCCUCCAUGUUCCUGCCUCCCAUCAUGAUCAAAAAUCUGGGCUGUAAAUGGACCAUUGUUGUUUCCAUGGCCUGCUACUUGUCCUACUCGUUUGGAAACCUCUACCCAGGAUGGUACACCCUCAUUCCCACCUCAGUGAUCCUGGGUUUGGGAGGCUCUCCUCUGUGGUCGGCUAAAUGCACCUACCUCACCAUCUGUGGGAACGUUCAGGCCGCCAAGGACGGCAAAAAGGGCGCUGAUGUGAUCAACCAAUACUUCGGCAUCUUCUUUUUCAUCUUUCAGUCCUCUGGCGUGUGGGGAAACCUCAUGUCGUCGCUGAUAUUUGGACAGGACAACCAAAUAGCUAUCAUCCCAGAGGAGCAGCUGCUGUCAUGUGGAGCAGCUGACUGUGGCCUUAACAUCUCUGGCAACAGCACCACCAUCAAGCCUGAACAGAAACUCGUGUGGACGCUCGUCGGAUGCUACAUUGGUGUGGGUGUGCUGGCCAUGAUCAUCGUAGCCGUGUUUCUGGACAACAUUGACCGGGAUCAGGCCAACCAGUUUCGUGGGAACAGAGAGCCGUUCUGUCACACAUUUCUGGCCACAUUCAGGAUCCUGAAGGACUGGAGGUUGUUGACGCUCAUCCCUCUCACCAUGUACAGCGGCUUUGAGCAGAGCUUCCUUUCUGGGGAGUACACUAAGAACUAUGUGACUUGUGCUUUGGGAAUCCAUUAUGUUGGCUUUGUGAUGAUGUGUUUUGGAGCAUCCACCUCCGUUUGUUCUUUUCUGUUUGGGAGACUUGCUCAGUACACUGGGAGAGCUACACUCUUCUGUCUUGCUGCAGUUGCCAACCUUUCCUGUGUAAUCGCUCUCUUGUUGUGGAGACCUCACCCUGACGAGCUGCCAGUCUUUUUUGUGUUUCCUGCUCUGUGGGGUAUGGCAGACGCUAUCUGGCAAACUCAGACCAAUGCUCUUUAUGGCGUCCUCUUCCCGCAGGACAAAGAGGCUGCAUUUUCCAACUACAAGAUGUGGGAGUCGCUUGGUUUCGUGAUCGCCUUCGCCUACAGCACCUUCCUGUGUCUGGAAUACAAACUGUACAUCCUGCUGGCUGUUCUAGUGCUGACGGUCGUCACUUACCCCAUAGUGGAGUACUACGAACACAAGCAUCCCACAAAGCCCAUUGAACAGACGACCUACCAGAGUCACAAAGAAACCACUGAAACAGAUGAGAACACAAUCAUUUGUCAGACAGAAAUAUAAGAGACUUUUUGUGCUUGUUUUGUUUUUAAAUCUCAGUCUGGCCUUCAAACUGCUAAUCAGGUGUCUGGCGCCGAAUGUUCAAAUGACAUAAAUGUCACAUUAAAUAAAUACAUGAUGAGAAUGAAGGAUAGAUUUUAAAGGGACAAUAAGGAGUCUGGUGACUUCUGUCAAACUUUACUUGACACAGACUUUAUCUUUUAUUCGUACUGCCUGCAGAAAGCUGAGGCUAGCCUUGUAGCGCUUAAAUAUUUUGUUAUGUGAGCCCUGUUGAUGUUGUAGAUCAUGUGUUGGGAAAACUGGGACUUCACAGUCUCACUAAGUAAAUGUUGUUGUAACAAAUAAUCUUGUCCACUCGAUUUUAUUGCUACUUUUAUUGUCAGUGUGGUAUCUGAUCUGUUACAUGUAUUACUUAAUAAGUUAGUAGACUGGAAUCUAGAGAGAGAGAAACAACGACAUCAGUAAGGACUGUUGUAUCUGGAUGUGAUUGAUUUUUAAGGCACCAGAUAUUCUCUGAUUAUAAAACAGCAUUACUUCCCUAUUUUCUGUUUCUGUUUCAAAUGUUACUCUACCAAAACGCUUAUCAGCUCCUCUCCUGUGGAACCUGCUCCCAGUUUGGGUUCAGGAGGCAGACACCCUCUCUAUUUUGAAGACAAGGCUUAAAACCUUCCUUUUUGACAAUCUUAUAGUCAGGGCUGACUUGGGCGACCCUGAGGGGGUCAGCUGGAGUCUUCCUCUUGGACAUCCCUUAGUUCUGCUGCUACAGGCCUAGGCUGCUGGAGGACCUCUCUUGAUGCACUGAGCCUUUCUCUAUCUACCUUUAUAUUGAAUAUAUGCACCGAUAUUGCUUUACACUCACUCUGUUUCCCCUUGUGUUCUUUCUCCAAGUGUCCCUGGUCCCAGAGCUGGAUGCUUCUGAUCUGUGGUUGCUGUCCCAUCAUGUCCACUGUGGGAUUCUGCUGCUGACCUUCCUCCAGCCCACUGCUUCCAGCUGCCCAUUUCCACCAAUCUGCUCUGCAUCGCCCUUACUAUACUUGAUAUGAUCAUCUACACACUGUUUGUAUUUUACUACCAGCUAUAUAUGUAGGAUAUUUAAUGUCGGAGCUGUACACCGUAACAGUAAACUAUGAAUCAGUUUCAAUGUUAGCUUCUACUUUGUAUGUAUCAUCUAGCAUAUGAUACAUGGAUUCAGUUGUGUUAUAUGUUUCUUGUCCCUCCCCUUCUCUACCUCUCUAGCCCCUCUCAGCCUGCCUGGCCAGCAGGCAGAUGGGUGCUCCCACAUAUAGAGCCGGGUUCUGCUCAAGGUGUUUUCCCUGUUAAAAGGGUGUUUUUGUUGCCACCUUUGGGCUUGCUCUGCGGGUCAGGCAUAUGGGUUCUGUAAAACUUCUCGAGACAAUUUGACUGUAAUUGGCUCUAUAUAAAUAAAACUGAAUUACUGUACAUCGUGUAUAUAAUUGAAAUCUCAUGUUAAUCUUCACAGUUGAAAACUGCAGAAUUAAAUGAAUGAAUACUUCAA